CUAAGCGCGUAUUUCACAACCUCUCUACUUUCUUCCUCCUUCUUCUCUCUCUCUUUCAUGGAGCCUACCUUCUCUACUUCCUCUUCCUUUCUUCUUCCAAUCACUCUCACCUUAUUUUAAUUUCCUCUUUCUCUCUCCUCUUUAUAACACUAAAUUCUUCAUCUCCAACUUUCAAAAAAAAAAAAAGAAAAAAAAGUCUGCGCUGAAUUAAUCUUAUCUCUCAAUUGAUUUUUUCGUUUCAAUGGAGGAUGAAAAAGAAGCAAAAUUAAUCAACAAAUUAAUCGAUAGAAUCAAUGAAAUUGCUUCAAUUUCAGAUUAUCGACCUCCUGUUAAGAAACAGUACUGUAAUUUAGCUCGAAGAUUGAAGCUUUUAACUCCAAUGUUCGAGGAAAUUAAGGAGAGUAAAGAGCCGUUAUCUGAUGAUGUUCUUAUAAAUCUUGUUUCGUUUGAUGAUUCGCUUAAUCAAGCUCUUGAUUCUCUUCGAUUUGGUUCUAUUGGCAGCAAAAUUUAUCUGGCCCUUGAGAGAGAGCGGAUUAUGACGACAUUCUAUGAAGUGACAUCGAAUUUGGAGCAAGCUCUGGAUGGACUACUCUCCGAGAAACUUGACAUCUCUGACGAAGUAAAGGAACAGGUUGAGCUCGUUGUUACUCAGUUUAGAAGAGCCAAGGGUAGAGUUGAUGCACCUGAUGAAGAGCUCUAUGAGGAUCUAAUAUCUCUAUACAACAGCAGCAAUGACACAGCUAUUGAUCCUGUUGUACUGAAGAGAGUUGCUGAAAAGCUGCAUCUGAUGAAGCUUGAUGAUCUGACACAAGAGUCUGUGGCUAUCACCGAGAUGGUUUCUGCAACCGAUGAAGAUUCUGAUGAGAGAAUAGAGAAGAUGUGCAAUCUACUAAAGAAAAUCAAGGAUUUUGUUCAGACGGAGAACCCUGAUUUGGGAACUUCUGCAGGAGAGAAGAAUCUCUCAUCAGGUUGUGCUGGACAAACAUCUGCUGAUGGGAGUCCAAAGUCUCUUGUUAUACCAGAUGAUUUUCGCUGCCCAAUCUCAUUGGAGCUGAUGAAAGAUCCUGUUAUUGUUUCAACUGGGCAGACUUAUGAACGUUCGUGCAUUGAGAAGUGGAUAGGGGCAGGUCAUAAUACAUGCCCCAAAACACAACAAUCCCUCCAAAAUUCUUCGCUCACCCCCAACUAUGUCUUGCGAAGCCUUAUAGCCCAGUGGUGUGAAGCAAAUGGGGUGGAACUUCCCAGGCGGUCAAGCAGUUCUAACCCCAGCAAAACUGCAUCAGCUUGUUCAGCUGCAGAACGUUCCAAGAUUGACGAACUUCUCCGUAAGCUCCACUCAGGCAAUCCUGACGAUCAGCGAUCUGCGGCCGGUGAAAUCCGCCUUCUCGCAAAGCGAAAUGCUGAUAAUCGUGUGGCCAUUGCUGAAGCUGGAGCCAUUCCACUUCUUGUGGAGCUGCUUUCAACACUUGAUUCACGCACCCAGGAGCAUGCCGUAACUGCUCUUCUUAACCUCUCAAUUUGUGAUGACAACAAAGGAAGCAUAAUCAAUUCGGGGGCAGUGCCUGGCAUAGUUCAUGUGCUGAAGAAAGGUAGCAUGGAAGCAAGAGAAAAUGCAGCUGCUACACUUUUUAGUCUCUCAGUUGUGGAUGAAAAUAAGGUCACAAUUGGUGCUUUAGGUGCGAUACCUCCUCUUGUAAUGUUGCUGAGUGAGGGUACCCAAAGAGGAAAGAAAGAUGCUGCCACUGCACUUUUCAACCUAUGCAUUUACCAAGGAAAUAAAGGCAAGGCAGUAAGAGCUGGAAUUAUUCCCACAUUAAUGAGGUUAUUGACAGACACUGGAGGUGGCAUGUUAGACGAGGCCCUGGCUAUUCUGGCUAUACUAGCUAGCCACACCGAAGGUAAAGCAGCCAUUGGAUCUGCAGAUGCAUUACCGGUUUUGGUAGACGUAAUUGCAAAUGGAUCACCCAGAAACAAAGAAAAUGCUGCUGCAGUUUUAGUCCAUCUUUGUUCAGGGGAUCCAACCUAUUUAGCAUCAGCCCAGGAGCUCGGAAUUAUGAGCCAUUUGCUCGAGAUGACACAGAAUGGCACCGAUAGAGGAAAGAGAAAGGCCCAGCAAUUACUUGAUAGAAUAAACCGGUUACUUGAGCAGCAAAAGCAGGCUCAGGCUCAGGCGCAGGCACAUGCACAAGUCGAAGCUCAAGGGCAUGCACCUGAUACUGCUGAGGACUGAAAGGUCUUUGGUUUUCUUGAUUUUGUAACUUUUUCUAUAUGAAGUAUAGUUUAUUUUUUAUUAUAAUUUAAGGGAAAGAGGGUGGGAGGGCCUUUUAUUGAUCUGCAGGGAGGUGGAAGUCACAUUCCUGUGAGUGUAGUUCAUUAUUUUUGGCAUUCUGUGGCUUUUUUUUUGUUUUUUGGGGAGUGAGGGUGAGAAAAGGAUAUCUUAUAUCUUCACAUGAGGCACAGAAAGACAUAGUACAAGAAAAGAAAGAAUUGGCAUGUCAUUAAGACAUGUCUGUUGAAAUGUAACAUUGUAAAAUUCAUAUCAACUCUAAUUAUCCUCACUUUUAUCAAAGGAUACAACUUUCUUCUGUGCUUUGA